GGCGUGACAUUGGCCUUAAUGUAUUAUUUUUUGCAUUUAAUUAAUUAAGGAAUUAAAUUCCUCGCGUUAUUGGAUAUUUGACAGCUCCACACCUGCUUUGAAAACAUUGAUUUGCCUCGUGUCGCUUUCGUUCGCACAACUGUCAAGUGUUUGUGUUUUGAUUAAGUUUCAGGGGGGAAAAAUGUCAGCGACGCAAUUUCGAUGUCGCGGCCACAAUUCUUUGGCUUCGACACGCAUCUUCCAGUGGAGGAUUGGGGAAACGGAUACAUCGGCGGUACGCCGGAUGAUUUGGAGUACGACGCUUUGAACAACUCGGGGGAUUUGGUCCGGUUUGAGCAGAGGAAGGCGAGGUUGCAGCUGGAUCUGAGCGUGUGGAUGAUGCCAAGCAUGCCGAGAAAGCCGAGGCUGCAGCAUCUGGUGCCACGUCCGGCGAUGCAGCAGCUUCAUUCGCAGAGUUCGUUGAUGGCGACGAUGCAACAGCAGCAGCAACAGCACCAUCAGAGGAUAGGCGGGGGGACAAAUGGUUCGAUCUGAAUACGAACAAACAGACGGCGCAGCAUUCGAUGCCCCGCCGCCGGAAGUUCCCAACAGUUUCCCCAAUUUCUUCAUCUAGGGAUGGGAGAGCUACUCGAAUUCUAACCAGCAGCACAGCAGGAUCAGCAAAAUCAU